AUGGCGGGCUCCGGACUGAAAAUGGCUUUGGCCGUUCUCUCCUUCGCAUAUGGCAUAUUCACGGUAUUGCUUUAUGGCGUUGUUGCAAUGUUGAGCGGAGUUCCCUUCCGUCGAACAACGGAAAAGGAACGUCUGGAGUUCCAGCUGGCAUCAGACAGGUUCUGGAACCUCUCGAAGAACUGGAAAGCCCUUUCCCACCAAUUCAUAACGUUGAAGAAUGGCUUUAAAGUCCACUACCUUACCAACACCUCUCCCGAUGCAAUCGCCGCUUCAGACCCUAGCAACAAGCCGUUGGUUAUAUUCCUGCACGGAUUCCCGGAUAGCUGGGCGGUAUGGCGCCAUAUCCUCGCUUCAUAUUCGAUCGGAGAGGGUUGUAUAAUGGUUGCGGCCGACCUUCCCGGCUACGGGGGUACAGACUCGCUGGACGUUUACGGUCCCACAGAGAUCUUGGAGACGUUGGCGGAAUUUAUCAUAACCCUUAGGGACCAAUACAGAGUCGAUGAGGGCGAAAGCCAGGUGAGGAAGCGGGUGAUUGUGGUAGCUCAUGACUGGGGGGCGAUACUUGCUUUCCGUCUGGCGAUUGAAGCUCCCCAGCUGGCUGAUAGAUUUAUCGUCACCAAUGGUGUCAUGGUUGAUCUGAUGAGAGACAACGCCUGCCUAUCGAUGGAAUCAUCAAACAAGAUGUUCAAGACCUUCUUAAGAGAGCCGUGGCGUUCUCGGCAUGUGUUGUGGAAAUCUAUUAGGGCGCUAGGCCCGGUACUUCGCCAACUGAAGCGCUCAGAGUAUAUAUUUGUCUUCCACCUGCCCAUACCGUUGGUCCGUUAUGUUGGCUACGGAGGCAAAUACUCGUUUUUAAAAGCCAUUCAUGAAUUAGCUGCAGGAAAGAUUGGAGAGUUUACGAUUCGAGAUGCACAGGAAUCCAUGGCUAGCACACUUGGCCCCAGCCUCGAAGAGUGUAAGACGGCGACGGCAAAUGGAGAAAAGUACUCAGACUCUGUCCGGAUACGUGCCGAACAGGGCAAUUUCAAAGACACAACGUCAUAUUACCGCCAUGAGGCAGCCACUGGUCCCUGGCACAAAUCAUUGGAAACAAUCUCCGGUCUGCACAGUAUCUGCCCUGUCGAACACCGACGAACAAGCUGCGGCACUGGCGUCUUCGACCCUGCUCCUGGAGCGCUAAAGGCAAACGCCACUAUCCUCUGGGGCUUGAAAGAUCCUGCGAUCGAUAGUCACCUGGCCUUGGAAGGAAUAGCCGACCGCCUUGUCCAGGGAAGUCAGGUCAUUGUACUCCCUCGAACCGGCCAUUUCACGCCCAUAGAAGUGGAGAGCAGAGCAGCUCUUGAGGAAGCAGUGCGAUGGGCCGUGAAGGGUGAGACAGGCGAUGUUGGCCAAGCCGUCCUGUCCGUGUACCCUGAAGCCAAAGUCAUCGUUCACAAGUAG